AUGUUGGUCCACAGCGAUACCAGAAUAUUCUUGCUCCCCGCCUCGCUUGAGAGCACUCAGCUCGACAUUAUACAGCUACCAUUGGCCAACAAAUCCGUAGCAUCGUUUUUGGUGAAAGAAAAUCAAGUUUUUGAGCUUAAAAAUUUGGGUUCAAAAAACCCAUGGUUGAAAAAUGAUAAAAGUGUCACGCUCCCGCGGACUGGGGGAGCAGUCAAAUCGCUCAUAAUCGAGACAGACGAGUCUGGUGCUGUGUUGCAAAGCCCAGAUAUGAUAAUGGCUACAAAAUUUGACUUGAGCUUCAUUUUCAUCACCAUCAUGGCAGAGUCCGACACCUUCAGUAAAAGAUAUAUUUCUUAUCAAGAUAUUCUUGAUACCAUUGGAAGCCAAAAUCCUUGGAUAAACGACUUAUCUGACACUCUUAUCAUCAAUUGCCUUGGGAAAAUAUGUGAAACGGUGGUGGAAAACCAAGAGACAUUCUACAAAUAUUCUAGCGAGAAAACUGCUGAAAUGCUUUCAGAAAAGGUAAACAAAUUAGAAAAACUGAUCAGCAACUCCAGCUUUGUCAUAAACGAUACUAUAAGACAAAUUCUCCAUGAUCCAAGUAGUGCCAAUUUGGAAAUACCGAGUGACAUUUACAACCUUGCAGUGAUGCAACAUUGCAUCGAUUUGGUAUGCUGUUACAUUCCAUUUAAGGUUCGAGAACUGGUCAUAAAGAAGAUGGGAAGCGAUUUCAGCCCUCUAGAUGCGUAUAUGAAGGAAUUGAAGCAGAAAAAAAAGGCCCUCGAUGCCGCCGAACAAGCCAUGAACGAGGUUGCUGCUUCCACCGCCAAUGCGAAGAAAGCCAAUGCAAAGCUUAAUGGGAAAGCCAAUGGCAAAACCAAACCAAAAAAGAAACAAGUUGCAAAGGUGGCAGUUGGAAAAGGUGCACUUGACGGAUUUUUCAAGCGUUCGUGA